CCCACGAGUCAAAACUUAACAGCUGCCUGGAACUACCGGCGUUUGUUAUUUAUGGAGACUGAGUCAAAAAUCGAUAGACCAGAUUUGAUCAUUUGAUAAGCAACUUCGCGAAUAAAGUGAAAUAUUGAAAUCCAUCAUCAGUGCCACAAAGGGGUCGAUCCGUUGUCCUGCUGUAAGUAGCUUACAGAUAUCUGUAUUUGGGGGAACAAAUCUGUUGACAUCGUCAUCCUCACAAACUAGCUGCAUCGUGAACUACUAGAAACGAAAAUGGGCGACAGUAUAGUAGACCCAGCACCCAUGGAGGUCGAAUACAAAUCGGAGAAGAUUGACAUGUCACUUGAUGAUAUUAUCAAACUCAACAAAAAUGAACAGAAAUCCAAUCAAGAAAAAACCUCCAAGAAUAACAGAGGGGCAGCCACUACUAGAAAAAAGCUUGUUGGGGCAACAACCAUUUCUAGACAACAGAGAAUUCCUUUCAGAAGAGUUCCAUAUCAGGCUCAACAAGGACCCUACCAUUUAAGGUCCAUGGGCCAAGACCUGCAAGGCUUCAAAAGAAGAAUUCCUUAUAAUCUAAGAAAGGCCACUUUAGUUGCUAAAGGAGUGAGCCCCUUGAACAGGAAUGCAUGGAAUGCACAGGGAAAACAAGCAGUUAGAGCUUUUGUGAGCAACAGUUGGGGCCAGCGGUUUAGACAACGGACAAGCCAACCGCAAUUUCGGAAAAGGUUCUGGCAAACUUUCAGAGGUCCUCCAGCAACUUCUAGGAGCAACCCAAUGCAAUACAGAGGGCAGAGACAACAGCAGCUGCAAUACAGACAGAAACAAGAGCGGCAUGAAAGACAUAACGUCAACAGAGGGUUCAUUGGCCGAAACAACAAUAGAAAAUCUGCAGAGGGAUUUCAGAAGGGCAGAAGCUGGAGACAGACUCAGUCUUCUGGUUCCAUUUUAACAGUGGAAGUUCCAAACUCGGUGGCAACUCCUGGAACAGUGGCUAAGCGGCCUUCUUUGUUAAAGAGAUCCACCCAAGAUUUUGAUGCAUCGCCCCCCCAGCCAAAAGGAGUCCCCCUGAGAUUCAACUUCAAAGCUAUAGCCAACCAGACAAAAGUCACUUUGAAUGAGAGAUUCACGUUCCUGAAGAUCAGAGGCAGCACUGUGGGGCCACAGCGAGGAAGACGAACAGUGACACUACAGUGAAGAGCACCUUCACAGUGGGGUGGCUACUGGGGCCUAAGUAUGGGGCCUGUAUGUGGCUAAUUCAUGGACACUUCGAGACAAGACAGAGUUUUUUGUACAUUAAAGGUAUACAAAUAAGAGACUGACAUUAAAGUAGCAUCAUAUAAAGAGUAAUAGAGAUCAGCUGUCCACUCUUUGUCUAACUGGCAGCAGGAAUAAUGGUCAGUACAGUAGUUGUAGUCAGUUGUACCCAGAUAAACCAGGCAGCCACACACAAUUGAUUAAGCACCACCAGGGCAGAGCUGGGAUUAGCCACCAAGAGUCCUCUGUUCUAUUGGCAAAACAGUCUCUCCUCCAGUUCCAGGCUUGCAGUGAUGCCAGUGAAAGACAUGCCACUCCUCCAGUGGCACUGAUGCCCCUGGCACUGCAGACAUGGCAACAUGACAAAAUACAAAUAGCAUAUUGGAGGAGGAGCAGAAGUGCCUCAUUUUCUCCCAAGCAGGUGUAGUAGUAGUACUCUUAGUGGUACUGUUUUGUAGUAAUUGGCAAAUUUAAAUUAGAUGUACUUGUAAAUCAGUAAGGGUCACUGCAGAAAAUUAGAUAUGGAAUCGGAUGUUUUUUAAAAUGUUUUGAAGUCUGCUUUAGUAUAAUACUGACUUGGAGUAAUUAUAAGACUGAUUUAACAAUUAUUUGAUGACCAAAUGACAUACAAAUUUCAUGUAGCUUAGGCCCACUUUCUCACAACAGAAAUGCUACAGUUAUGGGGCCAGGUGACUAGAUGAUGUUUUAAAAAACAGCUACAUUUUUAUGGUUGAUUUUGAAGUAUUUUAAUUACAGGGAAUAUUACUGCAAGAAUGUAGUUUCUUUACAUGCACAUCCAUCAGGAAUAAAUGAAAGUCUUGUCAGCUGAAUAAGAAUAUAAAGAAUAUUGAAAGUAAUUAUUACUUGUCACUUCAUUAAUAAAUGUCCAAAUUGGUAGUCCAUUGUUGGCUGACUGAAUGUGUUUUUUUUAAGUGUUUGAAUACAUUCAGUUUUUGGUAAGUUACUAUCAAACAAACAAAACAGGCCAAAGCCAUAUCUUUUUCUAGUCAUUCACAUGUUCCUGUGUUCUUUCAGUUAUGAUUAAAAACAUUGAAGGAUUCGAUUGACAUAUUGAAAAUUGACCUAAUGUGUUUUUUAAAGAAUAAAAUAAAUCCAAAUGAUAUCUUGA